AUGCAGCGGCUUCUACAAGAGCACUUGGACAUUACCAACAAGCUAAUUAAAACUUUAAAUGAACAACAAAGGUUUGGAGGGAAUGAAACUGAGCUGGUCAUCACAGACUCGCAAGAGCAGCUUUUCACGUUACAUUCCACUCCGAACACCAGCCUACACAAUGUAGUUACCAGGCAACGAUCGGCUAGUCCUCAGCGACAGGCGGUGACGUCAGGGAGAGGUGACGUUUCGGGUCCACCCCUGAAUGUUAAUGGUAGUAACGAUCACAAUCAGACGGUUCGCAGAGUGAAUGUGCAUAGGAAUCACUCGCCCAACAGAAACAUUGAUUUAAUCCAAUUUCUUUCAGCACCAAACCUGAAUAGAGUGGGUUCAGUAACAUCUCGGAACCAGGGAACAUUAAAUUCACGGCUCGAAGAGUUUGAAAAGACACUGAAAACCUUUAAAUCUCUGCAGAUGGACAAUGCUUUUUUAGAACGCUCCUUAGAGUUAAAGCAAGUCCCUAAGGGACUACGUAUUUUCAAGUUGCCCCAUGGGUUUACAGAAGGUACGCCACUCUUUACAGAACUUUUGGGACUUUACGACAAUACUGGUUUUGAGCUUCUCAAACUCAUUAUCCGCAAUAACAAGGAUAAACUCAAUGUUUUAAAGGAAAAGUUAUGUAAUCUAGAUACAGGUAUUAAGGCUGACGUUUUAUUUGAGUACAACAAGUUUAAAAUGGAAAAUAUAUUUAGAGAUUUGGAUAGAUAUAUCACUAAAGGCUUAGACCUUAAGAACAUGAAAAUUGAGAGAGACACUUAUGAUUACAAAAACAACAGAGCAUACAAUCAUUUUAGGGAAUACAAAAACAUGAAGUCACAAAAUCAGAAUCGGAACAACACAAAUGUAAUGGGGAACGGUCAAAAUUUUAAUACAAAUUUUAAUACCAAUUUUAAUACUAAUUCUAACUCUAAUUUUAAUGGUUUUAAUAUUAAUGCUGACCAUGAAUCAUGCUAUAGAGGCAAUUUUGAUAAUAAUGAUGAGACACAGUCAGUUUUUUUAGAGCAGCCAGUCCUAAGGAGAUCAGAGAGAAUAAGGGAGAGACAAGGCAGCCAAAACUACUAUGCCCAAAGAAAUUUCAACAAUGGAGGCAACAGAAGGGGCAGAUGGUAG